AUGGCCACUAUCGAGCAGACUUGGAGCUUGGAGGGCAAGGUUGCCGUUGUAACCGGCUCAGGCCGUGGUAUCGGAAAGGCGAUGGCUAUCGAGCUUGCGAAACGCGGCGCAAAGGUCGCUGUCAACUACGCCAACACUAUUGAGGGCGCCGAGGCGGUCGUCAAGGAGAUUAAGGCAUUGGGCAAUGGUUCCGAUGCUCAUGCCUUCAAGGCCAACGUUGCAAAGGUCGAGGAGACCGCGAAGCUGAUGGAUGAUGUUGUUGCGCAUUUCGGCAAGCUCGACAUCUGCUGCUCCAACUCUGGUGUCGUUUCUUUCGGUCACUUCAAGGACGUUGAGCCGGAGGAGUUCGACCGCGUCUUCAACAUCAACACCCGUGGCCAGUUCUUUGUCGCCAAGGAGGCGUACAAGAGAAUGGAAGUCGGUGGCAGAAUUAUCCUCAUGGGAUCCAUCACCGGUCAGGCCAAAGGUGUACCCAAGCACGCCAUCUACUCUGGCUCGAAGGGUGCUAUUGAGACCUUCACCAGAUGCAUGGCCAUCGAUGCUGGUGAGAAGAAGGUCACUGUCAACUGUGUUGCCCCCGGUGGUAUCAAGACGGACAUGUACCACGCCGUCUGCCGCGAAUACAUCCCCGGCGGUGAGAAGCUCAGCGACGACCAGGUCGACGAGUAUGCUUGCACUUGGUCACCCCAUGACCGUGUUGGUCAGCCAGUGGACAUUGCUCGCGUCGUUUGCUUCCUCGCUUCCAAGGAUGGCGACUGGGUGAACGGAAAGGUUAUUGGUAUUGACGGCGCUGCUUGCAUGUAA